GACUGACACACAAACGUCCGACUAACGGCAGCCUCUCUGCUCUGUCUCAGGAGCCUGCUGAUGAUGACCCGGGACACAGUGGGAAGGAGAAAGUGACGACCAGCUCACUGUAGAGGAAUGUAGCUAAGCUGUGAGGAUUGACUUGACCAGGAGAACAGACUGAGGGACUUCUGCUUCCUCAUCACUAAAUUUACUGUGGUUUAUUCUUGGAAGGCCACGUUGCCUCAGGUUUCCAUGGACUUGCUGCAGGACUCUAGUCACACCAUGUUGGGACUGAAUGCCCGCUUGAAGGGCUUCCUGGAGCAGGUGAACAGGCUGCAGGAAGCCAACCGGCGGCUAGAGGCCCAGAUAGCCGAAUGGGGCAUCAGGAGCACCUCACGCUCUCAGGACUGGUCCCAACAGGAGCGGACUGUGAAGGAUCUCCGUGCUCAGGUUGGUAAGCUACUGAUGGAGAAUGCCCAGCUGGCAUUACAGUCUGACAGCAUGAAGUCCAGAGCUGCUGCUAUCCAGGCCAGGUGUGACACAGAGGAGCAGAACACCUGGCGCCUGGAGCAACAGGUGGCGAUGCUCAGGGAGACAAAGAGGAAGGCGGAGCAGAACAGCGUGACACUGCAGACAAACCUUCGCCGCUCCAUGACAGAGCUGCAGGAGAUAAACCAGGAGUUUCAGGUCACUAAAUUGUCUUUUCCUCCGUAUAAACACACUUCCACAUACACACACACACGUAUGCACAUAUAUAUAGUGGUCGAUAACAGAAUCUACUUUUUCUCCUGCCUCUGCAUUGCGUGGACCCAGCAGCCCUCCACACAUACACACACACACACACACGCACACACACACAAAGAUACACACUUUUCUUUUGCCCGCUCUUCCUCCUCCCUGAACCUUUUCAUUCACAAACUAAUCUCAUCUCCCUUUUUGUCUUGUUUCUCUUGA